GGGCCGUGCGGGGCCAUGGACUCGCGGCUGCUGCGCGCGCCCGUCACGGCCCUGCGGUUCGUGGGAGCCCGGCUGGUGGCAGGUGAAGGACCCAACGUGGUUGUGUACAGCCUGGAUGCUGACGGCAGAGAGGCGGGGAGCCAUUGGCAGAGUGUGCUUCAGAACCAUCGCAUCCACGGGAUCAAGGAGCGGAGGAGUCCCUCCCCAGAAGCCGAGCAGAGGACUCUGGCUGUCUUUGGGGGCAAAGGUCUCAUUGUCCUGGAGCUGUGUGUGCGAGGGGAGGAAGUGAGUCUGAUUGAACUCUGCCAGCUCUGUGAGCUGCAUGACUGGAUAUGGGAUCUGCAGUGGCUGGCAGGCAGCAAAGGGACCCUCACUUAUGUUGGGUUGGCCCUUGGCCAUAACUCUGUGGCACUCUAUGACUAUGCCAGUCACAGGACCCUGCGGGAGUUGCACUGCGAGGAGAAGUGCAUCCUCUACUCUGCUUAUCUGGUUGGAGACAGCUGGGAUGAGCUGGUGGUAGUGGCUGGUACAGUCUUUAACCAGCUUGUGGUCUGGCGCGUGGCUGACGGGAGCGAUGAAGAAGCGAGGAUAAAACCCCAGAGGAGGGUCAGUGGACACGAUGGAGUCAUCUUUAGCAUCUGCUAUUUGAAGAGCAAAGGCAUAUUGGCCUCAGCCUCGGAUGACCGGAGCAUUAGGGUGUGGGAUGUUGGGGACCUGCAAGCGCCUCGUGAUCCGGUGCGCUGCCUCCUGGUGUGUUAUGGUCACCAGUCGAGGGUGUGGUCUGUCAGACUGCUGAGUGACUAUCUCAUCAGCAUCGGGGAGGACUCUGCCUGCAUUGUGUGGAACUACAACGGAGAGGUUGUUCAGAGCUUUAGAGGGCACAAAGGGUGCAGUGUCAGGGCAGUGGCUGUCCACGAGGCACGGGGCUGGGUGGCCACAGGUGGGGCUGACACUGGAGUUAGACUCUGGCACAUUAGAGGACCUGAACCCAAUGGGAAUGGCCUUGUGCAGUUAAACUUCAGCCCGCCCCAUAGGAAUGGAUCCCCCAAAGCCGUAAAGCUGGUGGACGCAAGCCAGCUCCUAGUGAUGACUGAUGCGGGGGCCAUCUACAGCUACAACUUGGCCUCUAAAUGCUGGGCUUUAGUCAUGGAGGAUGCAAACUAUCAUUCCUACAGUCUCCUGGAAGUUGUGCAGCUAGCCAGUGGCAUCGUGCUGUGUGCCGUGGGCAAUCUGACAGGGCAUGUCAAAGUCUUCCCCCUCUGCUGCCCCACGGAAAGUGAGGAGAAGAGGCUGUAUGGGGGGAAGGUCCACAGCCUGAGCUGGGCCGUGUGCCCAGGUGGGGAUCCUAGCAGGCGUGUGCUCUUUGCCUCUGGCCCAGGGGGUGUUCUGCUCUGGCUGGAGGUCUCCUGCUGCUCCUCCGGACGAGUGGCUUCAAUGGUGGAGAAAUGUUGCUAUCUUUUGCCAGUCUGCAGGCACAGGUGGCAUACAAGCAUUGCCUUCUUGCCCCAGGAGGGGCUUCUGGUCUGUGGUGACCGCAGGGGCUCCCUGCUGCUGUUUCCCUGCAGCACAGCUCUGGGAUCUGGCACAGAACAGAUGCUAAAGGCAGGACAAGGGGAUGUUGCUGAUGACCCUGUGGGUCAUGGUUUGGUCUGUAAAGACUCAGGUGACAAGCCAGGUUUGAUUUCUUCCCAGGGGGAAGGAAACCGCCCCAUGCAAGGUCCCAUUUCCCUGCUGUUUGGGCUUCAUGGGAAGCUGGGUGUGACCUCAGUGACCUGCCAUGAUGGCUUUAUUUAUAGCACGGGCAGGGACGGCUGCUACCGCCAGCUGCAAGUGCAGGACCAGCAGCUGCAGGUGCUCAGGAAGCAGAAGCCAUGCAAAGGGCUGGAGUGGAUCGAACAGCUGCACUUCACCCCUGAUGGGAACCUGCUGGUGCUGGGCUUCCAAGCCAGCCACUUUGUGCUGUGGAGUACCCGGACCAGCGAGAAGCUGCACUGUGUGCCAUGUGGCGGGGGUCACCGCUCAUGGAGUUAUGGCCGUGGGCUUGCUUCUGAGGUCUUUGCUUACAUCAAGUCUGGGGACGUCUUGGUCUAUCAGAGCAGGUGCGGGCCCAGCAGGCAGCAUGUGCUGAGGGAGCCUCUGCAUGGGCGGGAGUUGACAUGCGUGCGGCACGUGGGCACAAUAAGGACCCGCGGGUGCUGGCUGGUGGAUAUCCUUGUGACCAGCAGUGAGGACAUGACUUCCAAUGUGAUUGCCGUCAGUGAGUCGUCCCAUUCAUUGGCUCCACUUGCAGCCAUCGGCGACCACAUCUCAAGCGUGAGAGCUCUGGCCGUGGCCAGUGGCAGUUGGCAGGAGGAGACAUCUGACUGGUCUGCUGUUCUGUUCUCUGCCGGGGGCAGGGCUCAGAUAGAGUGCUACAGGCUCCUGCUCAGCUGUGACCAUGAUGCCAGGAGUGGCAUGACCUGCCAAGUCAUCCACGUGGCCUCCCACCAGCUGGACGAGCACUGGGAUCGUAUGAGGAACAAGCACAGAGUCAUCAAGAUGGACCCGGAAACCAGGUACAUGUCCAUUGCAGUUGUGGCUGGUACCGAUGCUCCCUGCCUAUUCCUGGCUGCCGCUUGCAGUGAUGGAUCUGUCCGGAUCUUCCUGAUGCUAGAGUCUGCCCAGAAGCUGCUGCUUGUGGCCGAUUCCUUUCACCACCAGCGCUGCGUCCUGAAAGUGGAGACAUUUACGCAGAGGGUAGCGGGAGACAGGAGGAGACACUUCCUGUGCAGCGGGGCCACUGAUGGGAGUAUUGCAUUCUGGGAUAUAACUGCCACCAUUGAGCAUGCUGCAGCUGCCCGGGAGCUGGCGAGUGGAGAGCUGCAGCCCCUCGCUCUGGGGGCCCCGGCCCUGACUGUCCAGGCUCACAGCUGUGGCGUGAAUAGCCUCCACGUUCGGCAGACAGCGGCAGGACGGUACCUGGUGGCCAGUGGCAGUGAUGACGGCUCCAUCCACAUCUGUCUCGUUGCUGUGGAUACAGCCCUGAGUGAGCCACCCCCCUCCCUUCCUUGGGACGUAGUGCCCCCUGGAGCCAGUGCCGGGGCUCGCAUUCUCCUGCUGGAGGCGUUCUCAAGGCCAUGUGCCCACGCGGCCCAUGUGACAGGACUCAGGGUCUUGCGGCCGGACCUGCUGGUCUCUGCCUCUGUGGACCAGCGCUUGACGCUUUGGCGUCGGGGCAAGGACAGCCUCGUCUUCCUGGGCAGCAGGUUCUGCCACGUGGCGGAUGUGGCUGAGCUGGAUUGCUGGGGAAGCGAGGAGCGGGGCUAUGGCUGUGUGCUCUGCGGGCAGGGCCUGGAGAUUGUCUGGUGCAUGGCCAGGGCAGAUCCCCAGCAGCUCCCUUCCUGCGGGGCUUUGGAAUAAAGGGGAGCACAUGGGAAGGCCUGAGCUGCCUUAUUUGGGGGUGGGGGGGAAGGCUGCCUGCCUGUUGCCAUGGGAACCGCAGAGCCUCCAUACCCUCUGCUUCCAUUGUCACCAGCUAGGAGAGAGGGACCAGGCCUCUAAACCCUCUCUCCAGCUGGCACCCCAUCCUGCCGCUUCACCCUGGUCCUAGUCCCCGGGAAGCUGGCACGUCAGCCGAGGAUGCAUCUCAAACGCUGGCAGUUCCCUCUGGGCAGAGCAGCCUGGGAACCCAGUGGGGCUUUGCCCAGGCCCCCCAGUGACCCUAAUAACACUUGGCUGUUCCGGAGCCCCGUACCCCAGGGGUCUGCAAGCCCUUGACAUGCUGAUGAAGCCUCAUAUCUCUUGGGAGCUGGUGCAAGGCAGCUUGAUCCCUGUCUGCCACAUGGCAAAACUGAGUCAUGGUGUGGGAGUGACGAGCAGGGUCCCAUGGAGCAGAGAACAGAACCCAGGCGUUCUGACACCCACCCCUGCACUCUUCCCCUGCUGCGUACACACUCGGCAUGCUGUGUGCUGGCUGCUCAGCUCCAGGGUGGACGUUGGGGGGCUGUGCCCGACAGCAUGUCCUGACUGCAGAGUCCUUGGAGGGGUCCCACCGCUGUGGGUCAGGGUCUGACAGCGCCACCUGGACGAAGGAGAUGUCCUAGCCCCAAGCUGAGAUGGCAGCUGCUGGGGAACACGCUAACGGGGCACAGGGCCCAGCAGAUCCCGAGUGCCACUGCCAUGAGCAGUUUUGUUGCCCAUCCUCAGGCUCCUCCAGUGGGUGAGGCCUGCACUUUGCCAUGUGCCCUGGGGGCUUGGGGCCAGGGUGUGAUGCGCUAAGAGAUGCUUUGUGCUGCUGGCUCUCUGGCUCGGGCUCAGUAAUUCAGUGCCCUGCAGCCUGGGCUGGCUGGGGUUACGUGCUCUCCAAGCGCCACAUGCAUAUUUCAUAGCUGUGGCUUGCAGUUUGCAGAGGCUGUGCCAGGCCCCUUUGUGCAGCCCAGCUGUUGUGCACUGACAGCUCCGUAGCCCUUGGGCCAGUUGCUCAGGGGAGCUGCUGCUCUGGCUGUCAAGUAGGGUGAGUUGCAGGAGAAGUGAGGAGCACAGAACGAGGGACACUGCACCUCAGGGGAGGUGGCGCGUGCACUGCUCUGCGCCCUCGCAGCACACCAGCCUGACAUGGACCAUCCAGGGAGACAGGGCAGAGCCCGAGUGACCUUCCAGAGGUGGCUCUUCAGGACAGCAAAGCAAAGGGCAGCCCCUGGAGGAGCCUAGGCAGGCAUGGGGGCUGCAGGCAACAGGCACGCCGUUUUCCGUGACCAGUGCAGUUGGCUGAGGGUCAGCACUGCCCACAGCAGGAGUCACCAGCUGGCCAGGCUGCACCACGAAGAUGGAAGUGACCCCAUCCUUCGGGAGGAGCCAGGUGCCUGGGAGAAACGGGGAAGAUGGUGCUGGGGACCAGCUGGCCAGGACAGGUACGGUGCUGACUCGGUGCAAGGGCGCCGCCCUGGGGGCUGCAGGGGCUAGUGUUUGACUGGGAGAGUCUCGUGGUCCUUGGGGCAGGAAAGCUUCAGGCUCUGCUUCUCUUCGGCUGGUACUGUCGGGGCUUGGUAGCAGCGGCGCAGCCAGUGCCACGCUGCCGCGUAGAGCACAGGGUCACCGCUCCUGCCAGCUCACUUGCGGGGCCUUACUUCACUGCUGAGCCCGCCAGGCUGUGUUGGCUGACGGGUCUGGACAGAGCAGUGGGGGACGGGCCU